AUGCAACCAUUUCAUCGCCAAGUAGAAUGUCUUACAGGGAUACCUGGAGAUGUUGGCGGUGACAAGGUUGGAACAGACCCGACUGUUAAGGAAGAAGACAGGAAAACUCCAAGACAAGACUCUGGAAGUGGGAGCAAUGAAAAAGUGGAAGUCCUCGGUACAGAAGCACCCGAGCAAGAGCGAUACACAGCGGGGACAGAAGGAGCGACAUCUGGCUCUGCUGGGGACUUGAAACAGGGCGUGAUCACUUUUGGUGGGGAAGGAUCAUAUCCUCGAAAGUUUCGGUUCCCAUGUGGUGUUAUGGUGUCGCCUAGCAACGAGAUAUUCGUGGCUGAUGAAUACAACAUGCCGAUCCAAGUCCACAGCACGGAGGGGGUUUACCUGCGCCACUUCCCAACAGUUGUACCGGGUACAGGGGAUAAGGUCAUGCGGCCACGUGAUGUUUGUAUGGACGGUAACGGCACGCUGUGGGUGGUGGGGCGAGAAGAGACAGCUGACCAUGUUGUACAGUACAGCACGGACGGGACCGCCAUGGCGGGGUUCGAUGUUAAGAAAAGCAGAUAUGUCCGCGGCAUCGCAGUAGACAUGCGCACUAACCACAUCCUGGUGACUGAUGCAGACCAAGGUGCAGUUCAUGUGUUCCGUCCGGACGGCUCCCUGGUGCGGACAGUCCGGCUUCCAAGGGGUGAGAAGACAGACCCAUGGUACAUCACUGUGAACGGGGAAGGGAACAUUCUUGUGUCAGGCUGGGGAACUCACUGUGUCUACGUGUAUGACGAGUCCGGGAAGUUCCUGUUCCAGUUUGGAGGUGAGGGAAGUGGUGAAGAUCAGCUGGAUUAUCCCUGUGGCAUCUGUACAGUCAGCUCGGGUCACAUCCUCGUGGCGGACUUUGGGACCGAGAGAGUUCAGAUCUUCACACGUCACGGCGAGUUUGUCCGUACCGUCCCUACUGGGUUUCGGCCGGAAUGCCUGGCUGUGGGACCGGAAGGGCAGCUGGUUGUGACUGAUUGGGAUAAAUACACUGUGACUGUAUUUCCUAACUACUGA